AUGAACAACCUCGAGUUUACCGACGCCGAGCAGAGAUCCAAAACUCACGCACGAGUCUCGUUUCGCUUUCCUGUCCUCCACGAGUAUCUCAACCACGCUGGAGAUCUCCAUGGAGGCUCGUUGGGGAUGAUUUUUGAUAUCGUGGCUUCAUGGCCGAUGUUCCUGAUUGCGAGUCCGGAUCUUUGGCCUUAUCCGGGCGUUACGAGGAGGUUGAGUUAUACGCUGCUGAGUCCGGUUAAGGAGGGGGAGAUGGUGCUUGCUGAGGGUGAGACUGUUCAUGUCGGCAAGAGAUUAGCGUUGUUGAUGGGCGUCUUGAAACGGGAAAGAGAUGGAGCCAUUGUUGCGACGUGUGAACACGAGAGGUAUAAUACCAUACCUCCGCAGAUGAAAUCGCAACUCAAGCUAUAA